CAUCAGGAUCAAUUAUGGAGUGGCAAUCGCCAACCGAUAUGGAUUCAGCUAUUGAUGACCAUAUCGAUGUGAGUGAUCAGCGAAUCGAAGAGGAUAUGGCGAUUCCAUUGGAUGAGAAUGUUUUGCAGGCAAAUAUGUCGAUUCCAUUGGAUGAGAAUGCUUUGCAGGCAAAUAUGAUCAAGAAUAAAAUUGCCAUGAAAUUGUUGCUUUUAAAAGCCCAGGUCAAUUUCACUCAAAGUAACUUCGCAAAAGUAUACGACAUCUUAGCUUUUUCAUUGAAAAACUACAAUGAAAAUAUCUUGAAGAUAUUGAAAACAGCGAUUGACGGUGGUGUGAAUGAUUGGGAUCAGGUUUUUCAAACAAUGGACCAUAACAAUUAUUUACCAGAUAUUCGAUCAGAAUCCAAACAAAAGAUGUUCUACGCUCAAAACCUGGUUCCAAUUCCUGACUUCGAGCAAGUUCAUCUAGGUGAACGUAAUGAAAUCUCGAAUGGAAAACAGAGAAAAAUUCAAGAUUAUUUUCAAUAUAUGUCGCCCAUCAAAAGUUUAUCUUCAUAUCUUCAUCAUAUUGAUUUUGACCAUAUAUUUGAAAAUUCUAAUAACAGUGAACCAUAUAAUUACAAAUCAUUUCGAGAUGGUAAACGUUAUUUAAGUAAUGAUUUACAAAUCUACAGACAAAAAAACAAAAACGCAUUUCAUCUUCUUUUGAAUGCUGAUGGCGUCUCAAUUACUAAUCCUUUGGGCGCAUCCUGUUCAAAGCACCGUUAUUAUGCUUUUUAUUACCGAGUCUUAGAUCUUGAAAUCGAAACAAGUUCUAAACCAACUGAUAUUAUACCGAUCCUCUAUGUUAAUGAAAACUUGAUUGGCAUUUAUGGAUUUGAUAAAAUUUUAAAAAAAUUCAUUGAAGAUAUGAAGCAAUUGGGUUCUGAUGAUGGCGUUCGACGAAUGAUUGGUGGACAGGUGCGUAAUCUUAAAGCCAUAAUCUUAGCUUUUACAGCCGAUACAAAAGCUUAUCAUGAAGUUUCAAAUUACUUUGCGGCCGGUGGAACGAUUUUUUGCCGUCGAUGUACGAUUUCUAGGUCAGAACGAAUCGAAUCACCAAGUUGUGAAACUAUUGCUAGGAGAGACCUAGAAUGGUACAACAGAAUUGAAUGGAAUUCGUUAACGGAAAUUCGUCAAAGAUAUUAUGGGGUACAUGGUCCAUGUGCCUUGAAUGAAUUACCAUUUUUUCACAUCACCAACAACAUUACCUUCGAUUAUAUGCACGACAUAUUAGAAGGCGUCGCGAAUACUGAUGUGAUGCUUUUUUUUGCUACUUUAUAUCAUUGCUUUUCUGUUGGUUCUGAUGAAAUGAACACCUUGAUUAGAGGCUUUGAUUAUGGGGAAUCAGAGAAGCGAAACAUUCCUGUCCCAAAUAUCAGCAACACCAUGUUCGGGAAGCCAUAUAAUUGCUUGCCCAAAUUAAAACAAAAAGCAUCACAAAUGGGAUUGCUAAUUAGGGCAUUACCAUUCAUUUUCAUCAACGUGAGAGAAAAUAUUGAUGAAAAUUUUCCAGCGAUGAAAUUGAUACUAAAAUUGAAUAAAAUUUUAAGAAUAUGCGAAUCUCCAUCUCUGACCGAAUAUUCAGUCACGGAAAUCGGAGAACUAGUCAGACAACAUGAUGAAUUAAAAUGGCAAAAAUUUCCUGGCUGUCGAAAAAAUAAAGACCAUCAUCUUUUACAUUAUUCCGAAAUGAUUCAGCAAUAUGGACCAAUAUUUCGGCUUUCAUGUUUUAAUUUUGAGCAGGCCAAUCGAUUGAUAGUUGAACAAAUGAAUUCAACUAAAAAUUAUCGUAACGUCACUUUUAGUUUGAUGAAAAGGCAAUCGAUUCUGAUUGCCUAUAGUACAGCAGAUAAAUUCAAUAGCUCAAACAUACAAAUAAAUCAUAAAUAUCGGGGACCCAUAGACGAAGAUUUGAAAUUCGCUAUCAUACAACGUAUAUUUUUUCUUGAAGAUAAAAUUCAUUUUGUAUUAAAGGAAAUCGUCACACUUGAAUUUGAUGAAAUUUUAUCUGCGUAUGUUGUAGAACAUUCGCCAACAUUUUUAUUCACGGAUAUAUCAUAUAUGACAUUUUGGACAGGCAAGAUCAAAUAUGAAUAG